AAGCAAAACAAACUUCAACUUUAACAUUUGUUUCCUGUCUUAUAUAUAUCCAGUAUUUAAUAUAUGUGUAAUACAAACACACACACACACACACACGCGCACACGCACAAUUGAAUGUUGAAAUAAUUAUUACAUUACACAUCAAAUACCCAUGAUUUAAUAUGUGCUGACAGGUGUUGUUAAUUCUUAAUAAUAAAUUCCUAAUUAUAACUGAUUUUGAUCUUUAUUCUUACAGGCCGGCUGGGGCGGUUGUAGCCCUGCAGUCAUAACGUGUUCACCUGAUCAUGGUCGGUCAUGGAUUGAUCAUCGUGGGUGGGCCAUUGGGAUUUUUCUCACUCUAUAGCCAGUGCACCAUGACUGGUAUAUGAAAGGCCAUGGCCUUCCAAGAUGUCUUCCUUGUUUGCCAAAGUUGCUUUCUACCCGACCUUGACCUACACGUACUUGAUGACCAAAGUGUCAUCACGACGAUGGUACGAUCGAGUUGACGAAACUGUCUUGAUAGGAGCUCUUCCCAUGAAAUGGGUAAUCAAACAGCUGGUUACAGAUGAGAAUGUGAAAGCGAUGGUGUCAGUAACGGAAGAUUUUGAGACUAAACAAGUCGGACUCACCAUACAGGAACUACAGUCGCUGGGUGUUGAUCAUCUUCAGCUGAGCACGGUUGACUACGUGGGAACUCCGAGCCAGGACAACAUCGUGACGGCCAUCAACUUCAUCUCCGACCACAAACGUCAGGGUCACAGUGUUUACGUCCACUGUAAAGCUGGGAGGACGCGCAGUGCCACAGUUGUUGCCUGCUAUCUGUGUCACGCCAAUGGGUGGACACCAGAAGAAUCAGUGAAGUUCAUUAAAUCAAAGCGGCCUCACGUGUGGUUACGGGACAAACAAUGGAACUCUGUUAGACAGUUUUACCUGUCAUUAAAACCCUCUACAGUGUGAUAUCAUUGUUUAUGUGGUUACGGGAUAAACAGUGGAACUCUGUGAGACAGUUUUACCUGUCGUUAAAACCCUCUACAGUGUGAUAUCAUUGUUUAUGUGCAUGUUUUGAAUAUUACCCAGUUGAUUACAUUAGAUGGACUGUUAUUUGCUGACUUUUAUUGCAACGUGUUUCCCACUAACAGAACCUUUCACUAAAGUUCAUUUUAAUCUUAUAUAUAUAUAUAUUCGUGCUUAUAUCCAGUUAAGAUUCACGAAUGCUAAUCUGGGCACACACUUCUGAUUGGGAGCCGGUAGCAGGGUGUGAACCCAGUACCUACAGCCUUAUAGUCUGAUAGCUUGAUCAGUACACCACCAUGGCUGAUACAAAAUCUUUUGAAUGACUAAAGUUACACAUUAAAUGUGUUUUCUUGUUUAGCUAUACAAUAUCAGUAUCUGUAUGUACAACAUGUUUUUGAAUGACUAAUGUUUAGGGGUGGGACGUAGCCCAGUGGUAAGGCAUUCUCUUGAUGCGUGGU